CCUGCCAGAAUACACUGCCAUCCAGAUCCUCAUCACCUUGACAGACAACAGUCCAUGCUGACACUGGAGAAAGUUACACUCUGCAGAAGAGAAUAGCAUUGCCGCUCUGCAAAACCUGUUGUUAUCGGACCCUUUGGGCCCAUUGCACUGACCACCUCAACACUGAAGGCGUAAAUUGUUGCUCUGGUCCUGACAAGCUGGACUGCCCCCCUUCGUAUAGUCGAGGUCGGUGGCUCUUCGUGUCGCGCAAAAGUGCUCUUGAGUAAAAGCUUUGCCUCUGUAACUCUUCAGUUGGUCCAGGAUGUCUUUUAUGAUGAAAGCAAUGCUGGGAAGUAAGUUCAAGGAUAUGACUGGAGGAGGAGAUGUGGAGGCUCCGGCCGGAGAUGGAAUGGAGACCCCUGAGUCUAAAGGAAUGUCCAAAGAGGAGUUUGAGGAGUACAAGAGACAACUCGUAGAGGAGAAGAUUGAACGGGACAAGGAGUUCGUCACGAGGAAGGCCGAGAGGGCGAACCUGAGGGUCUGUCUGAGGGACAAGUACCGUCUACCAGAGAGUGGCCAAGAUCAAGCUAUGGUAAAGAUGGCGGGAGACGACUUAGACCUCCCGGAGGAGUUGGCUAAGAUGGUGGAUGAAGAUGAGGAGGAGGAGGAGGUGAACGACUCACUACUGGGACAUUUACAACAGCUACAGAACAUAGACAUGGAGCAACUGAAGACCAAAGCACAGACCACCAUGACAGAGAUACAACAGGUGGCAGAGGAGAAAUGUGUCAUGAUGUGAAAGUUGAUCAUCUAGAGAUGAGGUCAAUUGCACUUCAGUUCUAGUAAAUUAAGGAAUUAAAUCAAAUUUUUAUUCCAAAUUGUCAUAAAUGCAUUUCAGUGUGCUUUUUGAUUUGACUGGAAUUUAAAGACUGUGAUAGGCUACUCAUCUUUUAAGUUGCAUACAUUGAUUAUUAAAUACAUAUGUGUAUAGUACUUUACAUUUUUAGCUGAAGUGCCUGGAAACUGAAAAUCAAAUAGUUUUAAUGUUCACAUGAUGUUGUAAUUCAAUAUCACCCACCAAAAUAUGAACCCCAAUAACAGCCAAUAACUAAAGAAAUGGGAAAUGUAGAUUAUGUUUCAGCUUUAUUGUCUCUUCCGACAGUUUCUCCAAUGUCACAGAGGUCCACUUUAUUCUCUUAUAUAUUAUUAUAUAGGUAGGACUAUAUAGGUAGAUACAUUUGGAGCUAAUGCAUGCUAAUGUUACCUGCCUGUGUAAGUAAUGGCAAUAACUUAAACUAGCUAGUGCUUAGUGAUUUCAAUUCACAUAACUAAUUAAUCAGCUAUGCACAAAGAAAUAUACUGACCUAGGUGUAAGAUUAGCAUGAACACUUUACAUGAACAGUCAGGUUCUGCUCAAUGAUGGAUCUCGUGGCUGAGGUAUUCAAACAGAGAGACGCUACAUGCUCAAAAAACCAGGGUCAAUCUGGCUAAUCCAAUUGCUACCUGGUGGAAAUGUUUAAAACCGUUUGGAGAGAAAUGGUCACAGCACAAGCAGCGCCUUGUUGUAAAUGUGACUCCAUUUAGGUACAGUAGAUGUCAGCUAAAUCUUGCGGUGUGCUGCACAAGGAGCUAAUUUCCAAUGGGUGGGGAAUUCAAUGAGAACUACACUAAACUAAUCUACACAGAUAAGUGCAUUAAUUGAUCAUCAAGGAAAUCAUAGAAAUAGAAAAGGGGAAAGCUUAUAACAAUGCAAUUCUUUUGUGACCAUUAUUGUACCUAUAAAAGUACAGAAAUAACAGGCUUGUUAAAGGAUGGCCAAACUAGAUUUGAAUGAGGCUGGAAGUUGGGGAUAAGGUGGACAUUAUUGUAUUGAUAGCCUGAUUGGAAAUGUAGCCGUGACUCUGGGGAAAUAUACUCUGCUGUACAGAAAUAAACAAUACUUUAUGCCACUGUAAUCUACUCUAACUGAAUUAAACUAUACUGCAAUGUACUGUUUUAUACGCUACUCUUCUGAAUAAAAUAUACUGUGAAGAGGUU